AUGGCUCAAUUCAUGCUGCCCAUUCGGCGACGAAAAAUUUAUAAGGCUAGAAGGCAAGCUGGUGCUUCUACUUAUAAAGCUAUGUACCGAUUUGAAGAAGACAACGUAGAGUACCUAGCCGACGUGUUUUUGGGCGAAAACAAUGAACGAAUGGGAGGUGCUUUGACACCAAAACAAAAAAUACAAAUAUUUUUAAGGUAUGUCGGUGAUCCUGGUUUUCAAGUUGGUGUUGGUGAGGACAGUGGUACCCAUCAAAGUUCAGUCUCCAGAAACGUAAAAUUUGUUAGUGAAAAAAUCUACGAAAAGGUAAAUCAGUGGAUUCAAUUUCCGGCAGAACAGGCUGAAAUCGACGCAGCUAGACACCAAUGGCAAGAAGCAUUUAAUUUUCCUUUUGUUAUUGGCGCUCUAGAUUGCACUCAGAUUAAAAUUAAAAAACCUUUAGAACAUGGAGAUGAAUACAUAUGCAGGAAGCAGUUUGCUUCAAUAAACGUACAAGCUACAUGUAAUAGCAGAGAAUGGUUUACAAGUGUUGAUGCCACGUGGCCAGGUUCUGUGCAUGAUAGUAGAAUUUGGAGAAAUUCUUCAGUAUUACCCAUUAUUUCGAGAUAUCAAGGACAAGCCAUCCUCUUAGGUGACUCGGGUUAUGCCGUUGCUCCUUGGUUGAUAACUCCCUACAGAAACCCAAGAAACCAGGUUGAAAUACACUUUAAUAACAUGCACAAAAGAAACAGAGUGAUUAUCGAAAGAUGUUUCGGUCAAGUGAAAAAACGAUUUCCAAUUUUGAUGAAUGAUAUUAGGGUUCGUUUGUCUAGAAUACCAAAAUUGAUAGUUUCUUGUUUUGUUCUGCAUAACGUUUCUAAAUUUGUAAAUGAUGUAAACGACUUUCCUGAUAUUCUUCUUGAAGAAGAUGAUGAAAUUGUAGAACACGAAAACCACAAUCCAAUUCAAGGAAUUCAACGCAGAAAUGAAUUGGCUCAAAUUUUGUAUGCCCAAAGAUAA